GUCCAAUAAUGAAUUGAGUCUUCGUAAGUAGCGAUUGUAUUUCACAUCUCUAAAGGUGGGAAGAAUCCUUCCGUCCUCAUCCUCGCCUUGAUUUGUCCGAAUGGCUCUCCACCAAUGUGUGCCACUCACUAGCUUAAUAAUGCACGCUCAAGUCUCAAGGCCGGCGAUUCAUCUACUUACAUCGACGCAUAUUUCUCUUAUGUAGAUUAUUUGACUUGAUAGUAGCAUACCAAAUACACAUUCAACAAAAAACGCCCAACAACCCAACUCUACUCAAGUCCGUAGCAAGCACAAAAAUGGCCCCCAUCCGCAUCGCCCUCACCGGCCUCUCAGCCAACUCGAACUCCUCCUGGGCAGCCUCCGCCCAUCUCCCUUACCUCACUUCCCCACGCGGAAAAUCCAAAUACGAGGUUGUAGCCUUACUCAACAGCUCCGUGUCCGCCACCGAGGCCGCAAUCAAGAAUUUCAGCCUCCCUUCCGGGGUCAAAGCAUAUGGCGACGCCGCAGCCCUCGCAGCAGACCCGGAUGUCGAUUUGGUGGUCAACUCCACCAGGUCCGACGUGCACGCGAACAGUGUCGAGCCGUCGAUCCGCGCUGGAAAGGCGGUAUUUGUCGAGUGGCCGCUCGCCGAGAACUAUGAGCGUGGGGCGGAGCUAGUGCAAGCUCAGAGACAAGGGGCGAGCGAAAGAUUCGACGACAGUAUUAUUGGAUUGCAAUGGCAGUUUUCCCCACCCGUGCAGACGCUCCGCAGCUUGCUGGAAACCGGACGCAUCGGGACUGUCCUCAACAGCAGCGUCGUCUUUCAUGGCAUGUGUACUAAGCCCGAAGUACCCAAGGUGUUUGCAACCUUCUUCGAUCGCAAGAUAGGAGGGAAUUCGAUCACAGUAGAGUAUGUGCAUGUAAUCAACAUGGUACACCAUGCAAUCGGAGAGUGGGAUACAGAGACGGUGCAGAGUCGGAUGAGCCUGGAGAGGCCGGAUGUUGCAAUCGUCUAUGGGUCGUCGGAUGGGAAGACGGAGGUUAAUAAGGUCCAUUCGGACGUGCCGGACCACCUCUGGGUUAACGGACGGUUGGUCAAGGGGAGACAUGAGUUCGAAUUGGCGGAUAAUGCGACACUAGCGGUCGAAUUUUCGACUUAUGGUGCUUUCAAGGGGCAGCCGAGUCUAGACUUAAAGAUUGCUGGGACUAAGGGGGAUAUUAGGGUUACGAGUCACUCGUUUGCGUGGAAGUGGGAGAACAUCCAGGUUUAUGACCGAGAGACGGGUGAGGUGGAGGAUAUCCCGGUGGGCGAUUGGGCCGAGUGGCAGACUGAACUGCCUGAAUUGACGAGGAACACGGCUGAGUUGUAUGAGAGGUACGCCGAUUGGGUUGCGAACGGCAAGCCCAAGGGGAGUCUGCCGCAGGACAAGGAGUGGCCCAGACUUCAUGAUGCAGUGGUCAGGAUGAAGGAGUUGGAUCUUCUAUUCAAGCAGUUUGACCAGCAGAGACACUGAGUAAUUUCAGAAUCACCCAUGUAAUAACUUCAAGGCGCCCACUUGGGUCGGUGACGAGUCGCGGGUUCGAAUCCCGCA